CCAAUUUGGAACAUGCGUUUCAAAUAAUAAAUAGUAUCUGAUUCAUGGUGUUUAAAGGGCAUCUUGACGAUGUCGAGGCGCGUGAAACAGAAGAGCACAACAAAUGGUUUGAGAUAUUUUCAGUCAUUGGCCAAUGUAGCCGUUCCGGGCACUCUGGAAGAAGUGCCCGAAGAAAUCGAGAAAAAAGCAGAGCAGAUAUUUGGAAACGAUGAUUGGAAAAGUGUUGAGAAUGCCAUUGGCGACAUAUUCAAGAAUGAUUCAUGGCUCGAAGAAAGUGGAAUCCUUUUUAAACUUCAUCAAAACAUAAAAAAUAUACUGCGAUCGAGAACUGGAACUUUCUUAAACGAUUGUUAUAAAGAGUGGUUGAUCAAAGAAUUGAAUAAAGAGGUCUUAAACCUUAAAGGACUCAAAGGUGUUGAGCUUCUGCAGAGAUUAAAAGAAAAAUGGACCACAUUUUACUCCAACACUGUACCAAUGUUGGAAGUCGUUUUCUAUCUCUUGAAACCAAAAGGAAGAAUGUCUGUACGGAGCACAACAUUAGUGACAUUCAGAGAUGUUGUUUUCUUUUCGGACAAUGUUGAAGUAUCCAUCAGAACAGAAAAAGAAUACGCUUCUUCGGAGUUACAACACAUGAUACUAGUUCUUUAUAGCGUAACAGACACUUACCCACCAUCCAAGAACAGGCUGAGGUUAGAAGCUGUGGCAGCUUCACUCUGUUCCACAUUCAUGGGUUACUAUGGAAUGUACAAGAAUGGAGAGUUGGUAAUCCCUUCCAAUGAACCUGCAGCAGCUUCUAGGAGGAGACCCAGUGAAGUGGGACCCCGACGAAUUUCUCGUCCUUUCAGUGUUCAACCACAACAGAUGGAAACACUUAAUCAACUAUUCAAGAACGCCGUUAGAAACAAACAGCACCCUAGAGGUGGAGGGCGAUUCCAGAAAAACUGGAAACUGGUUUGAAGACAAGACAUUAUCAAAAAGUCUACUGUUCACAUCAAUUCAAAAAAGUACACAGCAAAAAUGUUCUGGUUAUCAAUUUUUAGCUAUAUUUCUAUAAUUAUCGAAUUGUGAAUUAAAUGUAUUUUAAACUUC